AUGCCGCAGUGCAUGGCCUGGACGAUCAAGCCGUCGUUGGCGCCGGCCAUCCUCGACGCAUUGUCAAAUCUCAAUGUGGCGCCGGCACGCCUGCGCGAGAUCUGCGACCACGUGUUGGGCCAGCUUGGAUCGCACAGUCCAGAGUGCCUCCCAAUCGUCAUCAAGUUUCUCAUGCAGCAAGGUGGCGCUGUUGUUGAGGGGAGUGGCAGAUGUUGCCGCAGUGUAACGGGCUGGCAUUUGAUGCGCGCAUUGCAAAGGCGUGGCUGCGGCCAACUCAAGACUACCAUGGCCCAGCCAAUCACCGCCCUCGAUCUGCUUGUGCUGCUGCUGCUGCACCACCAGAACGCCUACCGCCGCCGCGCAGAGACCACCGUCAUUAAGCUUGCAAGCACGGGCCUGCUCACCGCUGCCAUGGCCGCUGCCAUGUUUGCCAGACACACGCGCGCGUUCUUGACGUGCUUCCCGUCGAUUGUGCACAUGGCCGACAUCCUGAGCCGGCGGCAGAGCGGCAGGAGGCCGCGUACCGCCACGGCCGGAGGUGGUCGGGGCGCUGGUGGCGCACAUUGGCACGGGGCAGGCACAGGAGGUGGACGCAGCCAUGCCUGUGCUGCUACUGUCGCUGGCCACAGACCACCCGAAGCUGCUGCACCCGUUUGCGCGCUCAUGUUGGACGGCACCCUGGACUGCCUAAGCAACCUGCACUUCAUCCACAUUCUGCCGUUCUUCCGUGUCCUGACCACGCUCACGUUUGACCGCCAGCGCACCGCCGCCGCAGGCCUCGUAGGAAGAUGGUGUCUGUCUCAAUCGAACGAAGAGCUGAAACGCACCGGCACCAUCGCCGCCACCACCGUCAUCCGCACCUUGUUCGCUCUCGCCAACGACGUACGCAUCCCCAUCGACGGUGCGUUCAUGUGCUCAUGUGCAACCAUCUCUCCUCUCAUCUAUGUCGACAACAACAACAGCCAUCAAGAGCAAGCACAUCCGUCGGGAUGCGUGAACGGGGAUGGCGGACUCACCAUCGACCCACCGCCGCCACGGCCGUUUGGCUUCAGGUCGCUCGCCGACCCUGGCAGGCACGACACGCGCGCGCGCGAGGUGGGCAAGGACACGCACGCGGUCGUCAACAAGAAGACGCUGCAGGCGCCGUUCGAGACGAAGCUGCAGCUGCCGUCAGGGAUUGCCGCCCAAGACCGACGUGGAGACAAGAUUGCGAAAGCACGCUGCUGGGACGCAGACCUCUUCACGUUCCUGAUGUCGCUGCAGCCCUUUGUAUGGUGGGACCUGUCGCUGAGGACGGGUGACCUGAACCCCGAGGAGGAAUUAACGGUGGCGGAGGCCUGCAGCGACGACGUGCUAUUCCGCACGGUCGUGGACGGACAGCGAGUAGAGGCUAGCGACCCAACCCUCCAACAAGGUCGCUGGGCGCCGUGCACGCUCGCAACCGAACGUGUUACCGAUGCCGCCGCACUCGAACGUGCUGAUGGAACUACUUUUCCACGGGCCGCACCCUGGAGCUGA